CCAGGGCGCCUCGGCGAAGCUUGGGAGCCUGGCGAGUCGCUGGGGAAAGCCGAGCAGACGCCAGAAGCAGACCGGAGCAUCGGAAGGUGAUCGUGCUAGUCGGACCCGCGGAUCGCAGCCUGUAGAUCGCGGCCGGGGCCUGGAGGACAGCUGCAAGUGAAGGGAUCCUCUUCCUGAAGGAGGGGUCAUGGCCUUCUUGUUGCUCUCCCGGCGGGUGGUCUGCAGCUCCCAGAAAAACCUCUGCCUCUUCAUACCUGGAUCCAGAUGUAUCAGUCAAGCUGCUGCUAAAGUUGACAUUGAAUUUGAUUAUGAUGGGCCACUGAUGAAGACAGAAGUCCCGGGGCCUAGAUCUCAGGAGUUAAUGAAACAGCUAAACACAAUCCAGAAUGCAGAGGCUGUGCACUUUUUCUGCAACUACGAAGAAAGCCGAGGCAACUAUCUAGUGGAUGUGGACGGCAACCGCAUGUUGGACCUGUACUCUCAGAUCUCCUCUGUCCCCAUAGGUUAUAACCAUCCAGCUUUGGCGAAACUCAUCCAACAGCCUCAAAACGUGAGCACUUUCAUCAACAGGCCUGCCUUAGGCAUCCUGCCUCCAGAGAACUUUGUAGACAAACUCCAGGAGUCCUUGAUGUCGGUGGCACCCAAAGGCAUGUCCCAGCUCAUCACCAUGGCCUGUGGCUCCUGCUCCAAUGAGAAUGCAUUCAAGACCAUCUUUAUGUGGUACCGGAGUAAAGAACGAGGGCAGAGAGGUUUCUCAAAAGAGGAGCUGGAGACCUGCAUGGUCAACCAGAGUCCUGGAUGCCCCGACUACAGCAUCCUCUCCUUCAUGGGCGCUUUCCACGGGAGGACUAUGGGAUGCUUAGCAACCACACACUCCAAAGCAAUUCACAAGAUUGACAUCCCUUCCUUUGACUGGCCCAUUGCUCCAUUCCCACGACUGAAAUAUCCCCUGGAGGAGUUUGUGAAGGACAACCAGCAAGAGGAGGCCCGCUGCCUAGAAGAGGUAGAAGAUCUGAUUGUGAAGUAUCGGAAAAAGAAGAGAACAGUGGCUGGAAUCAUCGUGGAGCCCAUUCAGUCUGAGGGCGGAGACAACCAUGCAUCAGAUGACUUCUUUCGGAAGCUAAGAGACAUUGCCCGGAAGCAUGGCUGUGCCUUCCUGGUAGAUGAAGUUCAGACUGGAGGAGGCUGUACGGGCAAGUUCUGGGCCCACGAGCACUGGGGCUUGGACGACCCAGCUGAUGUAAUGUCCUUCAGCAAGAAGAUGAUGACGGGGGGCUUCUUCCACAAGGAGGAGUUCCGGCCAAGUGCUCCUUACCGGAUCUUCAACACCUGGCUGGGAGACCCAUCCAAGAACCUGCUGCUGGCUGAGGUCAUCAACAUCAUCAAGCAGGAGGACCUGCUCAACAACGUGACGCUUGCUGGGAAGACCCUGCUCACAGGGCUGCUGGACCUCCAGGCCCGGUACCCCCAGUUCAUCAGCAGAGUGAGAGGACGAGGCACCUUUUGUUCCUUUGACACUCCAGAUGAAUCCGUACGGAAUAAACUCAUUCUCAUCGCCAGAAACAAAGGUGUGGUAUUGGGGGGCUGCGGUGACAAAUCCAUCCGUUUCCGUCCCACACUGGUCUUCAGGGAUCACCACGCUCACCUGUUCCUCAAUAUUUUCAGUGACAUCUUAGCAGACUUCAAGUAAAGAAGCCAUUCCCGUGACAUUCAGAGAAAGCCUGGUCUCAAUGGUGUCAACUUGAUUAGUUUGCCUAAUUCAUAUUUUCACUUAAAAGUUUAUCAGAGGCAUAAACUGAGGGGUCAUUUGUGGGGCAGGCUCAUUGUUCAGUGGUUGUGGAGGAGCGAGUAGGUGGGGAGGACCUGGGUUUGAGUUUCCUCCCUGCAGAACUCACGGUGCCAAUUGGCUAAAGCCCUUAAGUUCUGUGUAGGCCUUAGACAGUCUUAGGAAAGGCCAUGAGGCCAUAUUUCUGCCAACCCUGGACCAACCAGUUUCUUAGAAGCCACUCAAGGCCAUUACACCUGCUCUGAGGCAGGCGGGCAGGAUCCUUGGGUCUCAGUCCACCUCAAAUACCCUGUCUUGGGAUCAGAGAUGCUGGUGUCCUCUUGUCCUUCAAGAACAAACUGUCCUUGCUUCUCACCAAAUCCCUAGCUCCGUGCCCCGCUCAUGACUUAGUGAGGGGUCUGGAUGGUUCUUAGGAAGAUGACAAGUAGGGAGAGAGGAGUGUGUUUGGGGGAGAGGAGGGGCUUCUGGUACCUUAACCACCAAGAUCCACUGAGCCCUGUGCCCUCGGUGAUGUCCCUGGCCCAUAACUUCUGUCCUUGACUGACCUGUGCUCCUAGAGGAUCCCUGAGCGCUGUCAGUAGGCAAUAUUCUCCAGCCUGUGUCAGUCUUGACCCAAGGGAAGGAAACUACGUCCUGAGCAUCCGGGGGACACAUGGGAGCUGAAGUUGCCUCUGGAGCAUGGGCGGCAGAGUCCCUUCAUCUCAUCCCAGGGUCUCUGACUUGUGACCCCUCAUUCUGGGAACCUCAUAGUCCAGUUUUCACUCAUCCCAGGGGACCACAGCUAGACUUCUUGUUAAAGGCAAUGUGUUCAUUAUAAAGGCAUAAGAAAAGAAAAGCAGAUUGCUGGUGUUCUUGGACUUCCCCAACCCCCCAGAGCCUGGACCUUUCUGAGUAUAGGACUUACCCUCAGCCAGCAACCAAUGUUUAUGCAGGCUCCAGCAUCUCAGCCAGAGGCAUGAUGACCUUAGAACUGACUUGACCUGAGAGACCCCUGAGCAGAGCCCCUCAUCCUUCAGAGAGGCAGCACUUAACAGGUAGACUGCAGGGGGCUGGUUUAUCCUCUUUCCAGAGCCACUUUGCAUCCUGGUGCCCUUGUUGACUGUCUGGAGAGAUGGGUACACCAGGGUUCAGCCCUUGGCUCUUGAAUCAUCCAAAGACCCAAGUCCCAUGCUUCCUUAGGCAUUCUCAUCAAUUUCCUUGCCUUGAAAAUGAAAAGCACUGACAUGCUUAAUGGAAACAGCGGGUCCAUGAAUCCCGGUUCACCUCACAGCCCUGUGAUCUGAGACUCCGCCACCCCUUUUCACAGCCAUGUUUAAGAUCAUUUCCACAACUGUAUAUGUGGCUGGGUCUGCCUCCCUCCUGUAAGGUUUCAGUCACCAGUGUGUUUAUUUCUGCAUCAAUAAUUUAUUCACUCAUCCAACUUUCAUGAAAUAUUUGUGCUGUUCCAGGCCCUGGGAUGAGCACCAGGAAGACAAACAUGAGAUUAAGUCCCUGCUCCCAAGGGGCUCCCACUCUCUUGGGAACCACAGAACUAAUGUUGAAGUCAAAGUGGAAAGUGCUCUAGCAAGGGUCUCUGGAUAUUAGUAAGUCCAAGAAGCCUUUAAGGGAAAAGGGGUGUUUGAGCAGAAUUCUCCAGAAUGAGAAGUUAGUUGGGCACAAACAAAGCAAGAAAGAGUAAAGAAACAGGAAAGCAUGUGCAGAGGCCCAUUUGUUCACAGCCUCAACCCUUUCCCUGGGGAACCAGACCCCACCCAGAAUAUCCCAAGGUUCAAGGUCGUAUUUGACAAAUGAGGAAAGUGUAGGCCAAACCCCAAUCCAUCUAAGCAUGCGUCCUCCUGAGAGCCACGGCAGCACGUGCAGACACUGGUCAGGUCCUUGGCGAGCGCUCAAAGGGUUUUAAGCUAGGACACUCUCUUUAGUGGAGGGAGUGGCUGAUAUUUCAUUUUCUUGCCACGGGGCGUGGUGACAGGAGAAUGAAACCAUUUCCAGAAAGUCAUCUCCAGAUGUAUUGUUCACCCCUUGCCUGGAGUUGGUUCUUCUCAUUUUUUAAACAAACAAAAUUUAAGCCAUUUACCCACAAGUUUUUGACUGGGGCACAGAGUGUUCCUGAGACAUCAUCUUUGGAAGUUAGCUGGAAGAAUUUCAAGGAAAAGGAUUUUCCCCAAAACUCAAGAUGGUAGAAAUUAGAAAAGGUUGGUGAAAACCCAGAAACCUGGUGGGCAGGCUUCUGCCUAAGGCAGAACCCACAAAGAGGCGCUUCUGUGCAGGUCUGGAUGUACACCCAUCAUGCGUUAGUAUAGUAGAGUUUAGUAAAUGUCUCUAGCCUGUCGUGUCAGUUUUGUAGAAAAUAAGGCCCAGUACUAGCAAAUCUUAGCACAUCUUCCCUUUUUAUUAUAUAUGGGUGGUUUUUUUUAUAAUUUUUACUGAUGCUCAGUAACCAUGCAAAACUGUGCACAUUAAUGUACUAAUUACUAGAUCUGUACCUAUCUAUCUAUAUGCAUAUAUAUAUCAGCUCACUGUAGAAAACCACACCUAGCAAGCAUCGCAGACUCAUGAAGACCAAGUGAUCUUGUUUACAGUAAUUGUCAACAGUGCCAAUAAGUGAUAAGGAAACUAACAUGUCACGGUGUAACUGGUGACCAUGUGCACAAUUCCAUGAAUUAAAUCUGUUUCCUGUGUUAAUCAGUAUUCUUAAAUUAAAGGAAAAUGUUUAUAAUGGAAAAA